AUAAUGGAAUCUCAUGCUUCUAUCAACAUUCACGAAAGUGAGGAUGAGAUAGAGUUCAUUGGAGAAGGAUGUUUAAGACCUGUUCUUGAAUGCAUUGAUCUUGUAAGUAGUGAGGAUGAAGAACCUAACAGCAGCUCUUAUGUUCAUACGAAUACUAAGCGUAAAGAUCACAUUGACUAUCAAAAAGAACGAGUUGCAUCAACCUUGGAUCGUCUGGCACGACAUGUUGAAGUAGAGAAACAGCAAAAAGAAGAGAGAAACAAAGCCUUUAAGGAGAAAGUUGAUUCCCAGUAUGCUCACGGGUUGCAAGAACUAGAAUUUAUUCGGGAACGCAGUGACACAGAAGCUGCAAGACAAUGUGUGGACCAGUGGUUAAAAAUGCCAGGUCUCAAACCAGGCACCGUUAACAGUGGAAAAAGGGGUAUUUAUAAAAGGGCAAGUCAGACGCAAGUUAACAGCAGUCCCAUAUCUUGUCCUGUGAUGCAUUGCAACAGAGAGUUUGAUAAUGUUCAUCUUCUCGUAGGUCACCUUCAAAGGUUUGAUCAUUCUCCUUGUGACCCAACAGUCACAUUACAUGGACCCCCAAAUAAUGCUGUCGCCUGUGUGGUAUGCUGCAAAACAUUUUCAACCUCUCAGCAGUACAGUGAUCAUCUUUUAUCUAAGCUAAAUGAAAAUGAUGGACAUAAAAAAGAUCUCCCUCCACAGCAUAUUCAGUGUUUUGCAUGCCCAAACUGCUUUCUCCUUUUCACCAAAAGAGAUGAAUGCUUGCAGCAUAUGUCAGGACAGAACCACUUCCUCCAGGCUUCUAAACUGAAUG